AUGGGUCAAAACACAGAACUGCAACCGGCUCCCGUCGAGCGUCUUUCUGUCGAGCUCGUUCGAAUGAUACUCUCCGAUCUGCCCGAUGUAUCCUCCCUGCAGGCGGCAGCCUUGUCAUGUCCGCUGUUUUACAAAGCAUUUUCGGGGGCAGAAAAUACCAUCACAACACAGGUGUUGCUCAGAAAUAUUGACAAGAGCCUGUUACCCGAAGUACUACUUGCAUUUAAGUCCUCCGGUUUGCACUGGCGUCGCAUGAGGGAUAAUCGCAGACAGGCCGUUGCCGACUUCAUCACUCAAAACCUUCAUCAGCGGACGGUUCUGCCCCCCUCCUGGCCACUUCGGAAAGCAAUUCACUUUGAACGGCUUAACUUUUGCGUCAAAGAGUUGACCGAGAUGUUUAUUCAAGCAACUCUAACUAGGAAUCCCAUAAAUCAGUCCAAAGCUGCUGCCACUUGUCAGGAGACACAUCGCAUCCAACGGGCAUUCUAUAGGUUUGAGAUAUACCGCAAUCUCUUCAGUGAACGCCCAAAACCAUAUUAUGAUACGCCCGGAGAAGAAAGCCCGCUCUUUUUCGCCAGCUUUUCCCCAUGGGAGAACGAGCAGCUUGGCUGCGUCCAUGACUUCCUUGUCCAAGCUGUCUCGCCAGCUUUCAAUGAUGUUGCAGAACACGACGUUGCUUGGGGCGCAUUUAAUGUGAACUACGGGGACCUAAUCGACUCCCCCUACAUCCAACACGUUCUGUCACUGGGAUUGGAGGAGUUGCACAGAAUCACCUUGGCGUCAACAUACGAAGAACGGUAUCGGCUCCUAAACACCCCCAGCGGUCCACCCGCCACGAACGGCUUUUUGCAAGAUGCGCUAGAAACCGCAAACAACGCAAACGAGGACCUCUUCCUCGACCGCCUGACACCAGAGCAGGAGGCUCUCCAUAUCAAGAAGCCAUUCUUCGCUGAUCCAGAUUCAGGUCCCAGGGAUGUUUGGCUAUGGGCACAUAAAGUAGAGUCUUGGGCAAAUUGGGUGUACCAAGAAAACCGGCGCCAGCUACGUCAAUGGGGAUAUGUUAUGUGGGAUAAAAGCCGAUUGGAGACGGCCGGUGUCUUGCAAGAGCCCUGGUAUGAUCCAACUGGUACCCCUGAGUGGCUUUUGCAGGAAGAAGAAGCUGUUCGUCAACGAGGGUACAUGCAGAACUCAUGGGAGAAGAGAGAACGGAUCCGGAUGAAGGGUGGAAGCGGUUGGUGGAGUUGGGGGGAUGAAAGCAAGGUGAAGUGGCCGAAAAAUAUAUUCUUUCCUGGACAGGGAAGGUCGGUUCCUGGAAAUAUCAAACCUGCAUCGCUUCGAGAGGCUCGGGAGUUGCUGAGUAUGAUGAAGCUACCUAAAUAG